UUCAAUCUUACUCCAAUUCACCACCGUAUGAUCAUGAUUAAAAUCAUCGCAUUGACGGCUUAGAUCAGCGGGCACGGGUCCGUGUAAGAGAUGCUUACAGCGGAAUAUAUUCUCUCUCUCUCUCUCCAGAAAUUUGCAGGUGGAAUGCAGUCACCUGCGAAUGAUUGUGUGGUUGCUGGGCUUUAAUGGCUUUCUUUCUCUCUCUAACUCUCUCUCUCUCUACAUCUGACAAAUUUUGGAAGAGAAAACUUGAAACGAAAAUGUGUUCGGUUUAAAAAUGAAGAGUGCGUAAACAGGGUAUAUCCAAUCUGGAUGUAGAGAGGGAGAGCUUAGUUACUGUAAAUAGAGAGUUUUAGUGAGAGAGAGAGAGAGUGUGUGUUUUUUGGUUUGAUGGGAAUCUGCGAAUUUUGGAAGGAGGAUAUUUAGAAAGAACAUGUGUUCAGUUUAAGCUUUAAAGAGGCAGAAAGAGGAGUAUAUCCAGUCUGAUGAGAGAGAGAUUAGCCUGGAGCCUGGCAGGAGAGGGAAAGUUUUAGAGAGAGAGAGAGGGUUAUUUUAUUAGUUGGGAAGUGAGAGAGUGCGUGUUUUUUGUUAGAGAGAGUUUGUUUAGUUUGGAAGUAGAGAGAGAACGAGAGAGAGAGAGAACGUUGUGAUUAGUUGGGAAGUGAGCCAAACGUGGGAGAGGAAGAAACCAGGAAGGAAAGAGAGAGAGAGAAUCUUUGUGCUCGUGACUUGCUUUUGAAGCAUGGGUAAAGUGCAGAUGAAGACAGAGACAGCUUUGUGGGUCUGUAAAUUUAAUGUCCAAGAAAAGAAGGCAUAGGAAAACUCAGGAUUAGAAGAAGAGAUAAUGAUUACUUUGAGAGAGACUGCAUUCCGAAGAGAGAAGUCUACAGAGGCAUGAAGCGAGUGAGCAUCUCUGCUCCAUGACAGUGCGGAAGAAAAGAUCAGAACAGAGAAAAUCCGUGGAGGAGAUGUAUAAAGAAACUAUCAUCGGUCUUUGAGAGAGAGAUGGAAGGUGACAUUCAAAAGAAGCUUUUGAGAGGAUUUUCUCAGAAGGCUCUGCAAAUGAGCUCCUCUUGUUCAUGCACAGGGGUAAUGGCCUUUUUAUCUGGGGCCUUAGUCAGUUUUCUGUUACUUGCUGCAAGUACUUACAGAACUAGUGACAAAUCCAUGGAGGUUGGGCUUUCUUUUUCUGUUCCUGCAACAACACAGGACGUUAAAUUCAGGAGAAAUCAGAUACCCAAGGAAAUGGGCUGCAAUUCAUUGCCAAAAGAGGCGGAAAAUGGGGCAGAUAGUGAUAGAAGCACUGAUCAGAAACUCUCUCUGUUGUAUUCGAUGUGGAGCUCACAGUUACACCAAGCACCAAGCAAGGACUAUACCUUUUGGAGUAAACAGGGAUUGAACCAGUCUGAUAUACCCAAAGCUCCUCAUAUCGAGAACUGCAAAUUGAGCAUAAUCAAGAAUAAGAAACUUGACAGCUAUGGAGAAAAUGGAACAUUUCCUCAUUGGAGUCUUUGGAAAGGGUAUUUAGGUCUUGAACUGCACCCACCAACUUUACAAUUGGGUGGGGGGAGGCAGUUGGGGCAUCAUGGAGGAUCUGAACCUGUAUUUCCACCGUGGGUCGAAGGUUCUGAUGUAGAUAAUCUUCCUUCAACUAGGACAGUUCAACGUGAUCUGUGGAUGCAUCAGCAUCCACGCAAUUGUAGAGACCCUCAAACACGGUUUCUCCUUGCUGAUUGGGAAAGGGAGCCUGGAUUUGGUAUCGGUGCUCAAAUUGCUGGAAUGGUUGGGCUUCUUUCUAUUGCAAUCGGUGAAAAGAGGGUUCUUGUUACGAAAUAUUUCAAUAGAGCUGACCAUGAAGGCUGUCAAGGUAUGUCACGCUCUCACUGGUCUUGUUACUUCUUUCCUGAGACAUCGGCUGAAUGUCAGGAACAGGCCUUUGAACUUGCAAAGAUGCAGGAUGCUUGGAAGAAUGGUACUAUAACCAGCAAAGAGAAUUACACAUCCAAGGAAAUAUGGGCUGGAAGGGUCCCAAGAGUAUGGGGUAAUCCUUGGGAUGAGAUGCAACCGACAACAGAAAUUAGUGGAAAUUUGGUUAAGAAUCACCGCAAAAUGGAUAGAAGGUGGUGGCGUGCCCAGGCAGUGCGUUAUCUCAUGAGAUUUCAAAGUGAGUACACAUGCGAGCUGCUCAACAUUGCUCGCCAUGAGGCUUUUGGAACUCAGGCUGCGAAACUGGUUCUUGAAACUUUACCUGCAGAAUGGCCCAAGGUAUCUGAAGCUAAACUGCGAUCUGAGAUGGAAAAAUAUGUUUGGUCAAAUUAUAAACCUUGGGUCCCUAGACCCCUCUUAAGCAUACAUGUAAGAAUGGGUGACAAGGCAUGUGAAAUGGAAGUAUUUGGUUUUGAGGCUUACAUAAGACUUGCAGACCGCAUCCGGAGUUACUUUCCAAACCUAAAAGACAUAUGGCUCUCCUCUGAAAUGCAGGAAGUCAUUGAUAAAUCGAAAUCAUAUACUCAGUGGAAUUUUCACUACACUAAUGUGACACGCCAAGUGGGGAACAUAACAAUGGCUACCUAUGAGGCAAGCAUCGGCAGAAGAACAAGCACCGAUUAUCCAUUUGUUAACUUUUUGAUGGCAGCUGAAGCCGAUUUCUUCAUUGGAGCAUUGGGUUCGACUUGGUGUUUUCUCAUAGAUGGUAUGAGGAGCACUGGGGGGAAAGUAAUGGCUGGGUACGUAAGUGUUAACAAGGACCGGUUUUGGUAAUCUAUCCCUCUUCGAAGUCCAAUGGAGCAUGAGUCUCUUAGUCCAAUGUACCAUAGUAUGCUUUCCCUUUUGCCUCUUGCUUUCGUUCUUUUUGUACACGUGCCAUAUCUUCUUGAAUCACUAUCAGUUGUACAGAUAAAAGCAAUAAUGUAUGAAUCUUGGUAUUCUUUCCUUUUA